AUGGUCAAAUUGGUCGUCCAAUAUCUCGACUCUCCUCAGGAUGGUUUCGCUUCGUUCGACGACAUUGAGAAAGCGCACUUUCUGUCGACUAAACUCGGAGACAUUAACAUCCUGAGCAACGCUCCUAUGACUUACGGCGAAAAACCAGAAGCUCAUCCAGACAACAGCCCCGUUGUUGCUUCUUACAAGGCUACUUUCAUACCGGGUGGACUCAUUUUCAACAUGCACUCCCACCAUUACAGUAAUGACGUAGUAGGGUGGGCCCAUUUCGUGAGACAGUUGGCAGAUAACUGUUACGCCAUAUUCAACAAUAGCGAGCUUCCCUCCUUCGACCCCAGCUGUUUGAACCGCAGCCGCUUCAUGUCGCCACUGGUGGCAGAAGACUCGCGCAUAGGUGCACCUCCUCAGGCCGAUCGUCACCCAGAGCACAGGCUCUCUCAAUGCCUGAUCUUCCAUAUACCCAAGAGCAAGGCAUCAGAGCUCAAGAAGGCCGCCUGUCCCAGGGACGGCUCUUGGAUAUCCACAUACGACGCUAUCAGCGCUCUUACUUGGCGCGUCUUCUCAAGAAUCCGCCAGCCCUUGUACAACCCGGAUCCAGCUUCCUAUCCAAUUUGGGGUGAGGGUGUUACCAUGAGCAAGCGUCUGACGAACCCUGCGAUGCCGACGCGUAUGCAGGGAAACCAAUUCUUCGCAACAUUGUCAACUCUUUCCCCGAUCCCACAGUUGACCACUGCUGAGAUAAUUUCGGACGCUCCUCUAUCCAAGUUGGCGAGCUACACGCGCCAAAUGACCAAUGGGGUCACUGAGGACUUGCUGAAAGGAGCCUUGCAGAUGCUGGCACCUAUUCGGAAUAAGGCGGACCUGUCGGUUCGCGUCAACUCUUUCCCACCAAUGACUGUAGCCAUGACCGAUUGGCGAGACGCGGAUGUGUGUUCAGCCGACUUUGGCUUUGGGAAGCCCAGUGCCUUUCGACACUUGUUAGACACCAUGGCUGAGGGAUUGGUUGUUGUGUAUCCUCCCCAUCGUGGACCGGCCGGCGAAGACGAGGGUAUUGAGCUACAGUUUGCUUUCGAAAAGGAACUGGUUCAGCAAUUAUUGAACGAUCCGGAAUGGAAGAAGUACUUCGAGUUCAGAGGUGUUGAUGCCGAGGAGACAACCCCACCACAUGGUGUCCCGGAGUCUGCUUCACAAAUCUAA